GUAUGUUGCCUAAACAGGUGGCUGAUGACCUGCGACUGGGUAAACCAAUGCAAGCUCAGAGUUAUGUCAGUGCCACAGUCUUCUUCAGUGAUAUUGUGGGCUUCACGCAGUUGUCCAGCACCAGCACUCCGUACCAGGUUGUGGACUUUCUUAACAAACUCUACACAACCUUUGACGAGAUCAUCGACAACCAUGAUGUGUAUAAGGUGGAAACCAUCGGCGAUGCGUAUAUGGUGGUUUCGGGGGUCCCGCGAGAGAACGGGAUCCUGCAUGCAUCUGAAAUCGCCAACAUGGCUCUGGAUCUGGUGUCCGUCUGCAAAACCUUCAGGAUCCCACACAGACCUCAAACACAGCUUCAGAUUCGAGCGGGAAUACACUCCGGUCCUGUAGUCGCAGGAGUCGUAGGAACAAAGAUGCCGAGAUAUUGUCUGUUUGGAGAUACGGUAAACACGGCAUCCCGCAUGGAGUCCACCAGCGAAGCGCUGAAGAUCCAGUGCAGCUCCAGUGCAUUUUACCUGCUGGAGGAGAUCGGUGGAUACCUGCUCACCUGCAGAGGACUUUUACAGGUUAAGGGUAAAGGUGACAUGGUGACGUACUGGCUGGAAGGAAAGUGCUCUAAAGACAUGAAAAAACCCGCAACACAGCAGGAAUCGGAGAAACCCGAAGCGGAGAAAGAGGAUUAUUCCAGUAUCCCAGGAGUCCUCAGCUCUUCUGAAAACACUGACACAAACUAACACCUCUGUUCUGUAGCAACACUUCUGUCCUUUAUAGACCUACAGGUUUGUGAUGCUCUUCAGGAGGAUGAAAUGUUCUCCUUCUGUACGGUUAGCGAAUCAUUUUUCUUCUGAAUUUCCUCCUCAGUGUUUGUAGCAUCAGAAUAAUUAUAGAUACAGCAAUUGUGAGGCACUGAUUUUGAUAUACACAGAGCUGGGUAGAUUAUUUAUAAAUUGUAAUCUAAUUACAAAUCGCAUCACACAAUUUUAGAUUACACAUUUAUGAUUAUGUAAUCUGACUACUUUUAGAUUUAAUUACUUUCAUUGUAACUCAAUCGGACUACUUUUGGAUUGUAUUUAGAUUACUUGUACGGCAUUUUAAUCGUACUACUUUUGAAUUGCCUUUACUUUUAUGGUAACAUAA